AUGGGGGACUCGCGCCACAGCAGCCGCAAAGUGACCAGAUCGAGAUUAGGCUGUGAGACCUGCCGGGCUAGGAAGGUUAGAUGCGACGAGAGGCGACCGCAAUGCUUCAACUGUGAGCGCCUGGGCCUGGUGUGUGCCCCUCCAGGACGAGGCUCGUCUGGAGAUCCAACAACAAUUCCAUCGCCGGCAUUGCAACAAAGUGAAAGCAACGGUUUCCACGGCGCCGGCACGAAACGAAAGCGUACGUAUCGAUCGUGCGUGGAAUGCCGCACGUCGAAAACGAGAUGUUCGGGCCAGAAGCCGACGUGUGCCCGAUGCCAUGAAAAGUCCUUAUCUUGCACCUAUGAAGACGAUUCGGAACCCGCUUGGAAGCAACGUGUUGCUGUUUCUGUUUCCAACAGCGAGAACCAGGCGCCGUCAACUGAUUCUGGACUGGCCGACGCAGAAAUGACACCUGAAAGUGUCGUGAGUCCGGCGAGGAAAAUCGAAACUCCUGUUGCGAGUAUCGGACUCGCUUCUCCAGGACAGCCAACUAACACGCAGCCACCGAACCCGUUCUCGGACGAUUUGAGCUGGCUUGUUGCGCAACACCUUCCUGAGCACACGAGGACGCGGAUAUUGGUCGAGCGGUAUUUUGCCAAUGUCCACCAUUUGCGUUGCUUUGCCUUCCUGCACAAGCCAUCGUUUCUGCAGAAGUUGGACAACGAUGCCAAUAAGAACCAUGACAGCAAUGCGCUCUUGCACAUCGUUUGUGCACUUGGUGCGUUGUUUUACGCUGUCGAAUACGAGACCAGCAGAAACGCCGCUUUGCCAAUCAAUCUGCCAAUCAACCCAAUCGAUGCUGGAAAGCAUUGGGCCAGUCACGCACAAACACUCAUUUUGGCCAGACUCGACAAGAUUUCAGUCGAGGCUCUCAUGGCUGCUGUUCUGCUCCACGAUUAUGAGAUCCGAAUGGGAAACUAUUCCAACGCAUUCAUGCUCAGCGCAAUCACCGCGCGAAUGGCCCAGGCUCUGCAAAUCAACCUGGAGCAUUCGACAGAUGUGCUUUGCCGAGAGACGGGAAGCGGUCCUUCUGCAAGUGUCAAAGAAUCUCGGCGACGCUUGAUGUGGUGCUGUUAUAUAACGGACUCAUUGGUCGGCAGUGGAAUCGAUCAGUUGACAUUGAUUGAUGAGGCCGAUAUCAAGAUACAGCUGCCUUGCAAUGAGCGAAAUUUUGUUCUGGAAGAGCCAUGUAUCACCGAGACUCUCGAGCCUGGCCAGAUGCUCAAGUUCCUACCAACCGAGCUUUUACCCACUUACCCGCAAGACUGCAUGGGUAUGACAGCGUUCUAUCUCCGCCACAUUGCAACUCGUCGGAAGGUGUUGACCUACAUCAAGCACCUUGACACAGCGAGACCUCCCUGGCUACCGGAUUCUGAGUUUGCGCAACUUGAUGCAGAGCUAAGAUACUGGUACGAUAACCUACCAGCAAACCUUCAAUUCACUCCAACGACACUUUAUAUUCGACAAGAGACGUCGCAAGUCGGCGCCUUGUGUGCGCUGCACUAUGCGUACCAUCAGACCAUGUGUGACCUGUAUCGGAUAGGCGCUCCCGGGCUGUACAAACUACGAUCAGCUUUCGGCUUUCCACCAGAGCAAGGCGAGUUUCUUCGACAUCUCCAGUCAACUCUCUUUGGCCAUGCUCGAAGCCUGGCAACUGUCAUGGCUGAAGCACUUCGUCAUGGUCCACAUGCAAUUGCGGAUAGUUGGCUGCCUACCAUCCUCUACGAUUCCUGCAAGAUCAUGCUCUUCUACCUGACACAAAUUAUCGACCCAUCGCUUGACUCAAGCAGAGCCUUGUUGGCCGAGACUAUACCUCACGUUCGCAAUAAUGUCAAGGCGUUGAACAUCAUGCGUUCAAUGUUUGCCUCGGCGGGUCCCUUGGCACAAGCCGCACAUACCAUGCUUGAGAAGAUCGGAAUCGAGUUGGAGGAAGGCCGCACAGGCAGCCAGAACUUCAUACCAGAGGACCCUUAUUCAAACGACGAACCUGACGACCACGACGUCUCGCAGUCUGCACCUGGCACUCCGGCUCAAAGCGCACCGGACUAUAUCCUCAACCCUCUGUCAAUCUACAACUUGGCUCGAAAGUCGAUCCCAGAGAAGCACGCACCACAGAGACAAGUACCUGCGACUCCUAUGCCUUCUUCCGUACCGCCGCUACAACUUACGCCCCCAGCACGGGGUACUUCUACGCCAUCUAAUCGUAAUCACCACAUGGGAGGCGAUCUCCAAGGAGAAGGCGCUCUUGCGCCAGAGCUGAGAGGAGAGCCGAUACCACCAGAACAGAUCAAUUUCGAUGAGCUGCAGUCUCUUUUCACCAGCGACCCCACCGGGUGGACUUGGCAACCCGCUGAAACCGCCGUCGGGUCGAGGAAUGAAGCUGCAGGACUACCUCCGUGGGAGUCCAACGCUCUUGAAGGACAGCUCGAUGCCUGGAUCCCGUCUUUCACUCUGAACUCCUGA